UGCACAACCGCCGGCGAGCGGAAGAAGAACGUUUCUGACACGAACUGGCAAAAGGAUGCACAUGUACUCUCGGCAGGCAGGGAUUAAUAAAUACAACUCUUUGUGGACGGAUUUCUCGACAGGCAGGGAUAUCAAAUCUAAUUUAAAUUUGAUGUCGCUCCUUUGGAGGUGAGCCAGGUUGCAGUGACAUGGUAAUAUUUUUUGAAUGGCACCGGACGGCUAUGGACCAGAAGAGCAGAAGUGGUUUGCCAGUGACUGGUGAAGACACUGGUUUGGGGGCUUUAGCCUCACCACUGGCGGGGUAUUUGGGAAAAGUUCAGGAAAGAGCUGCUUCACUGGAGUAUUGUCCCUGGUGCACUUCAAAGGGCUUGACCUAUGCUCUGCGCUCUUACCACAUCAACCUCCAGGAGUCAAUCACCCUCUGCACAAACCCACAGUGCCUUUUCCCUCUGGUCAGCCGGUCCUUGGAGGAUGUUUUGGCUAGCUUGGAUCCUCUGGAGCCCUCUGUUGGGAACAAAAGAAAAAAUGCCUUGGCACUGGAAAAAGAAGAGUUGAUUAAACCUUUACAUAAACGUCUGCGAUCAAGUGAACAUGACAGUCUUGGGCCACCAAGUAUUACUGACACACUUAUCGGCCAAGCAGAGCAUGGUGCUGCAAACGUUGUCAGUAAUGGCCAACAUGCAGCACCCAAGACAGAUGGUGAAAAGUUAAAUGGAUACCACAGGGAUUCUCCAGUUGCAGAGACAACAGGAUGGGAAUCACUACAAGAUCAGGAUGGUGGUCUGGACAAGGAACCAGAGAAUGCCGCUUGUACAGGUGGUUUUGCUCGUCCUACAUGCGAAACCUCGGCUGGACAUCCGCAGUGCUCAUCAGACGCCUUGUUGACUGCUGAUGGGGAUGAGCCUGCGCUCUCUCCUCACCGUGGUGCAGAGCAUGACGUUAGCCAGGUGAAGAGUCCUCCUGAGGUGCUGAAUAGACGCUGCAGUCUGGACUCCAAUCAUUCCUUUUUCACAAAUGAUGACGUUCGUUCAACUGAAAUCAAAACUCUAUUGCCUCAGCACAAUAAGCAGACAGUAAGGACGGAACAGAAAUCACCGACUGCAGACAUCAACGUAUUUAAGGACGUAGGAGGUAUUAAGUCAGAAACGGAGGAUUUGUUCACAGAUUCAGAGGAGCUUGUACCUGUUCCGAAUCAGCUUUUCUGGAGGAACAGCAACAAACUGUGUUGGCUGGACUCGCUGCUUGUUGCUUUGGUAAACUGCAAGAGCUUGGCAAAGUGCAAACCUAAAGAUGAGCCUCAGCGGUCGUCUGUCUGGUGGCUGAUGAGAGGAUAUGAAGACGUUUGUGCUUCCAUCCGAGUCCACCAACAGACUGGCAGAGAUGGCGUGGUGAGGGUGCCAAAUCAUGUGCUGCAAAAGGCCAAUGCAGACCUACAAAGUCUCAGGAUGUCCAUCUUCAAACUACUGCAGCCCAAGCUGCAUUGCAAACUGGGUCAGAGGGAAACUCCGGUAUUUGCCAUGCCGCUUCUGCUUAUGAUGGACUCUUGGGUGGAGCCUCUCUUCCAGUCAACCUUUCACUGGGAGUUCAAGUGCAGUGAAUGCAAAACUGCCACGAAAGAAAGAGUUAUGAAAACUCUCCCCACCUUCACAAAUAUUUUGCCUGAAUGGCGCCCACUUCAUGCCGUCCACUCGGCCCCGUGCAAUGUGUGCUGCCAGAAUAAUCAGAGGAGGACUAUGAUGCUGGAGAGAGUGCCUCCAGUGUUUCAGCUGCACUUUGUAGAGGGGCUUCCUGACAAUGACGUCAGAAUCUACACCUUCACCUUCAAGGGGAAAAGCUACUCAGUCACCACUGUCAUACAGUACAACCAUCAACUUAAGCACUUUGUCACCUGGGUUUGUAAUUCUGAUGGUUUGUGGCUGGAAUAUGACGACUUGAAACACCCAGACUGUAAGACCCAUCAAAAGCUCCCAGUCCCUGCUCAGGAGAUGCAUGUUGUCUUCUGGGAGGUGGAGGAGGAUAAAGAACCCUGUGCCUGUUCUCCCUCCAGCACAUUUUCUGAAUCUCCCCCAUCUAAAAAUGAGAUGAACCCCAGUCUAGGUGACAAAGACUUAAUAGCAGAUGAACUGUUGGCUUGCGCUCCAGAUCAGUCACUUCUCAUGUCUCACAAUGACACCGACAUCAUCUGCGCACUCUCAGUAUCUGAAGACAGCAGUAACAUCAUGGACACAACAGUCACAGCCGGCGUUGAUACAUCGAUAGGUUCCACAACGCUGCUCGACACCUUUGAGGGCCUCACGCCUAAUGACAUCAUUACACUCACACUGGUGGAGUUAAAUGCUGAUUCAGAAAUGCAGCCUUUAAAUGGCAACGAACAACCUCAGGAUUCGAGGGUUCCCAGCGGGAAUGAAAUACUUGAUUCUACACCGGAUAGCUCCUCCACUGUCAUAGGUAGUGAAAUGUCUCGCGGCACUGAUGUUGAGCUCCCCACCACCUCCAACUCAUCUGAAUCUGAUGGUGGCUCGUCUAGUGAUCCUACAUUUGUGCCUGGUGCCAGGAGAGGGAGAGGAAUUGGCAGCAGACAAGUAGGUAAAAAGGCUGCCUUGUCCAAAGCAGCCCCACAUAUUUCACCACCUGCAUCUUCGGAGCCCUCCAAAGUAAUCAGUAACAAACCUGUGGCUGCUGCUGCUCAGGAUAACACACCACCUGUUGAAACUACACAAGAAGUGUCCCCUGUGUCUUCUACCGACACCUCAUCCCUGUCCCCUAGCCAGAAAAGUCCCACAAUGCAGCCAAUGCUACAUCCGAAUGCCCGCUGGUCCUUCCUGCUCAGUAAACACCCACUGCGCCAAGUUCACAAGUCGGUUGCUAAACCCGCCCCCAACCCUGUCACACAAGUAAAGCCCACUCCUCCCACUCACUCUACUCCCAAUCCUGUGAGAAGACAGCAGAUUCCUGGAGGACUCUUCCCUAAACCACAGCUCAAGACAGAGGAGAGUGAGGGUCUCCCACCAAAAGCUGCAGAAAUGUAUGGCGCAUUCGGUGCAAAGAGCUCAAACACCCCGAGUCCGCUCCCAUCCCCUGAACUUCUCAAUGGCAAAUCAAAGCAUUUUCAACCCAUAACUUCCAACCACCAGAAAUCACUAACAAACUCUACAGUGGUGUCUGGCACAUCACUUCCUAUGCCUGCAGCAAAGGGGCUCCCUGAAAUAUCCUCCUUAAAGAAACAUAGCAGCCAGUCCUCGAAGGUUCCUCCGAGUCUCAGCGAUACUGAAGCCCUCAGGUACAAGCUGAUAAAGAAACUGAAGGCCAAGAAGAAGAAGCUCGCUAAGCUGAAUAAAAUGUUGGGUGAUCAGGGGGGAGCCAGCCUCCGACCGGACAGCACUGACCUUGGCUCUCCUAACACGGUUACCUCCAGUACCUAUGAUGGCUCCAUCUGCGAUGACUUCCUCUCGGACCUGCUCUCGCCAGCAACCACAGCCAGCAACCUCUCACCGGACAGCACUGGCUUCCUUGAGAUGCUCGCCAAUGGGAAAGAUGGAGUCGACCAGUUGGACUGUGGGGUCAACGCUGGUGGUGCAGUGUCACAGAUAAACACUUGUAUGAAUGAACCCAACACUGAAAACUUCCUGGAGGACUUUCUCUCACAGGCUGUGGCUCAGAGACCGACUGACAUGGAGACCGAGGCACUCAGUGCACUUGAACUUUUUGUUUAAGCCGUGGGGGUGGAUGUUGUCUGCAAGCUCCAAGCACAGAUAACCUUGACCCUUGGUAUCAUGAGAAAAUUAAAAAUGAACUCGUUUUGCAAUGUACAGUCGUAUUCCACAUGAAGAUGCAGUUUGCAAGUUUUAAGUGGUGAAAUGUGCAUUAAUGUUAAUGUUAUGUUUCUGUUCAUUUAGAUGGGUUAGUUAAGUUUGUAUGUAUGUUAAGUCUUGGAAACAGUAUGUUGACCCAUGGGUAGAGUCUGGCGAAGUUUGGCACUUUGUAGUAUGUACUGUAUGUAAAACUGGGUUGUAUGAAGACCAGCAUGCAAGUAAAAGCUGUUGGUUUGCUCUGUUUUGUUAUUUUGACAAAUUCUCAUGGUACAUAAAUUUUUUUUCCACGUCAUUUACGACUAGUGUUUGUUGUUCAAAGUUGUCAGGAUUAUUAUGACAUUUACAAGUACAAUGUGUGUACUAGCUUCCUCAUAGGUGAAUAAAAUAUUUUUAUUUUCAGUUUUUUAAAAUAUUAAAAUCACUGUAAAUGCUUGUUUGAAGUCA